UUUUAAUUUUCGGGUGACCCUGAAAACGAAAAAUCCUCGUUCCUUAAAAUCCGAAGUUGUAAAAAGGCGGGAACAAAGUCGUAGUUCCCUCCAGACUUCUCUCACUUUCUUAAAAUCCCCUUAUUACUCCAGAACAAGAAAAUCAAAAUCUCUCCAAAUCACCCCCAAACCCAAAACCCCUUUAUAAUUCUCAAAACCCUAGUUCUUCAAAAGCUUAAAAAACAAAAAAAUAAAAAAUAAAAAAUUCCAUUCGAAUUCUAAAUGGAUAAUUCAGCACAGAUCGAACAGCCCGAGCCGGAGCUCAGUCCCAGUGAACUCCGGCCGCCGGAACAGAAAGGUAUUCGCCGGAGAUGGGUGCAGUCGACGCUUUUCCCGCAUAAACCACCGUUAGACCGCGAAGAGAAGAAGGUCCAUAAGGAGGGAGAUGAGAGAGAUUGCGAUCGGGACGAGAAUGGUGAAAACGAAGAAUGCUGUGGGAGUCAGAGCAAGAGUAAAAGGAAGGCCAAAGGAAAAGCAAUGCCUUUAGAAAGAGCUCCUAAGAAGAUACGACAAAGGCGAUCUGGUAAAACUACUCCAACUACCCCAAAGAAAACAACUCCGAAGAAGAAAAUUAGUGCAAAGAAAACCACUCCGAAGAAAAAAUUGAUAUACAUGGAUAGUGAAGUUGCAGCUCCUGUAGAAGUGCCCACUUUGGGGUUAGAGGCAAAACUGAACAGUCAGGAAAAUUCACAGAAGUUUGCAGGAUGGCAAAUGUUUUCCUAUUUAUCAUCUUGCAAAUCAGGCAAUAAAAAUGAAGGUAGUAGAUUCUCAGGUGGUAGAAAGGGUAAAAACAUUACCUGUGGCCCAAUUCAUGUAUAUGAAAGGAUUCAGGAAGAUGAUGUGUCUCCUGAUUGGGGAACCUGGAACUUUCGUGAGGAAGGAUUUGAGAAACGCAUCCAAGGUCCAGAAAGCAUGUGCACAUCAAUUUUUGAGGGCUCUGUCCAAUGCUUAAGUUUUGAUAAACUUCCCUUUGUUUCAUAUCCCUCUACCUUAUCAAAUUUUCAGAAUGAGACUUCUUCAGAACAGUGUUCUGUCCAAGAAGAAUCUCAAUCUGCAACAAUACCGAUCGAUUCAGAUGUGUCAGAUGAUGAGCAAUUGAUCUGCUGUCAACCUUUGAAGGAAGCAGAUGAGUCCAAGGUGAAUAAAGUUGAUUCCUUCUAUGGGCAUACUGGUUGCAAAAGAAAGUCAGACAUUGAGCAGCAAAGUAGAUUUCUUGAUGAAAGGAUGAAGUUGUACUAUUUUGUUUGUGGUAAUCAGCCUGGGAAUAGACUAUGGACUGCUAAGUACCAGCCAACGAAGGCUGUUGAGGUAUGUGGUAAUGAUGAAUCUGUGAAGUUUUUGAAUGAGUGGCUACGACUUUGGCGUGUAAGAGGUUUUCGAAUCAGAAAGGAUCAUACUGCUCCUCAUUCAGAUGAGAUGCAAGAUAAGGAUUAUAGCUGUUCUGAAAAUGACUCCGAUUCAGAGGGCAAAAAUGAAGCGGUUAGCAUGAAGAAUGUCCUCUUAAUUACUGGUCCAGCCGGGAGUGGAAAAUCCGCCGCUAUUUAUGCUUGUGCACGAGAGCAAGGAUAUAAGGUUAAAGAGGUCAAUACAUCAAACUGGCGAAGUGCAGCUGCUUUGAAGAGUGAAAUCAAUGAGGAUUCAGGAUUAUAUCAAUAUGAAAGGCUACCAUCUAAUCCUUCGAGUUCACAGAACAAGCAUGUUGCAAAAUUCCCCUCAGCUUUCACUAAUGGUUCGACUCCCCAGGAGUUGGAUGAGGAGAUGGUUGAACUGAUAACUUCGAUAGAUGAAAAUCUUCAUAAUAUGAUUGGAGCAUCUGAAAAUUCUGGUCAUAAGGAGGGUAGAAAUUCCUGUUGUCAGCGGGAAGUUAAAAAUUUAAUUCUGUUAGAGGAUGUGGAUGUCACUUUUGUUGAAGAUCAUGGUUUUAUUGCUGCAGUAAAGAAGAUUGCUGAGAAAGCAAAACAGCCCAUUAUAUUGACAAGCAAUUGUCCCAAACCUCUCCUGCCUGAUAACUUAGACAGAGUACAGGUGUCUUUUUCACUGCCAUCAUCAGAGGAGCUGCUUUGCCAUGUAUAUAUGGUUUGUGCUACUGAGAGAAUAAAGAUUCAACCUCAUUUGUUAGAGCAAUUAAUUGGAUGUUGUCAGGGUGAUAUUCGGAAAAUUCUUAUGCAGCUUCAGUUCUGGUGUCAGGGUAGAAGAUCUAGGAAAGCAAGGAAAAUUGAAAAGACAUAUGGCUUGCUGCUCUUUGAUCUUGAAGCUAGUCACCAGAUACUGCCGAAAUUGAUACCCUGGGAUUCACCUUCUAGAUUAUCGGAGCUAGUUGCGAAGGAGAUCACUGAAUCAUUAUCCAGGAAAGAAAACACCUUAACGGAGGUAGUUCGGGAACGAUACCCUGACAAUAAGGAAUUAAAACACAGUUUGGUUAUACAUAAUAAUGAGGCAGAGAGUAUAGAAGCCAAGAAGGUAGCAAUGUUGAGCAGGAAUGGUUCUGUUCAUGACCAUGAUGACUUCGCAGCUCAAUUUGAUAUGCCUAGUGACUUUUGCGAUAAUUCAGACACUCCAUUUUCAUGCAAGCGGAAUGUGCGAAGAAAGUAUGAUGUAGUACUAUCUUCUGGCUCUGAAGAUGAGUUUUUCAUAAAUAAAAAUUUUAAAGUUUCAGACAAACACACUAAUAAUGAAGCACUUUUUGAAGUGAAGCUACCUUGUUUUGAAGAAGCUAAUAUUGACGGAAAGAAUUAUGAACUUUCAGAAACUGCAGAUUUACUUUUAACUGACACAAACAGAUCAGCCAAUAUAUCCUGUGUGCCAGAAUCAUCAUUUGUUCCUGAGACAGAAAUUAAUGAUGGCAUUGAGCUACAAUCAGGAACAGUAUCAUCUGGCCAUGUUGAUAUGAAAGUUGAUGGAGUUUCUGUGAGUGACUGGUUACCAGUUGAAACUAUCAGCUAUGUUAUAUCUGAACCAGGAAUGGAUGAAAAUUCAGAUACAUUGGCGAGUACUCCUCAUGAAGUUGGACAACUUUGUCAUCAAGAGAAGGUGGAAGAUUCUCAAAAUGACCUUGUUGAGGUUGUUGCAAGUGAGUAUCAGGUGAUGGAUGAGUUCAGUCGCAUGGGUUCUAAUUCAAGGUUCAAAGUUAUGAAGCCAAUAUCCUUGGUGGCAACUGAUUUAGUACAAAAAUCAUGGAACAAGCUCCGUAGCUGUCACACAGAUCUACGACGGUAUGCAGAAUCAGAACUGCAACAUGCCUCCCAACUUGUCCAGUUAACUUGGAGUAUGACUGAUCUAAUCUCAGACACAGACUUGUUGCUCUCUAAUUGCCAGCUAUUAACGACUGAUUCUUUAGAAACAUCAGUGAUCCUGCCUGAGUCAGAUGCAUAUAGGUUGUAUGAUGAGCGAUUGUUGUUGGCAUCAACAAUUGCACAACAUGGAUUUUGCUUCUACAUAAAAGACAUUUUUGCUGUGGGAUCAAUCAUGGGUUAUGAAAGCACGGUGAAUUUAGCCUCAGAAAUGAUGGGUUCUACAACUGAUAUGAUGGCAUGGGGUAAAGUAGUUGGAGAGCAUCCAAGAAGUCGAAGUUCAUGCAAUGGAAGAAAUUCAGAGUCUAGCCUGCCAAAAAGUGAUAUUUCAUUGAAAAGUAAAGCCAAAUCAUGCCUUUUUGAUAUUAUUCAGUCCACUGUUCCUUCAAAAUCAUACAUGACACUGAAAGGUGUUGCAUUUAAUGAAUAUCUUUCUUCCCUGCGCAACAUUUCAAGAUCUGAGGCUUCUCGUUUAUCAGAAAACAUCGACAAUACAAGGAGGAAGCGUGUUGCUCGACACUACUUGAGUACUGGUAAACUGAUGUUGUCCCCUGAAGAUAUAUCGAUGCUGGGGCAAUUUAACUUAUAUGAGAAGCAUCAUUCUCAGCAAACAGAUGCUGUUUCAACUCAACUUUAAAUUUAGGAAAACUAACAGAGUGGAUGCCCUCACCUCUUCAUCCAACAAUUAGUGUGAUUGGCUCAGGACAGCUACUCCAUAACUUGGGGGAAAAGAAGAGGGGAAAAUAAAAUAAAAUGAAAUGCUCAAUUGGAGCAGGUUCAAUAAUAAGACGUUUUUAACUUUGGAUGGAAGCAUUUACUGGGUUACUCUAUGUCAAUGACCAGAAAAAGGUUCUCAACUAAUUUAACUUUUUGAAAUAGGAAGUUAGGAUGUAAUUAGUUACCCAAAUCCCUCAUUGUAUUGUUUAUAUGAAAUUCAUUCUUCAUUUUUUA